AUUUCGUCAACUUUUAAAAAAUUUAAAUCUCUGUAUGAAAAGUUAAAAUUCUAUUCUUUUUUUUUAAUUUUAAUUUAAAUAUGAAAAUAAUAUAUAAACGGAAAUGGAAAUCAAUAUCAUUCAAAGAGGAUUCUUAAAAUUAUCUUGGAAAUUGUUAAUCUACGCGGCCAUUUUAUUGACAAUAUUCUUAAAUAUACUUACUGUGGCCACCGUAUCUACCCCAUACAAGAAUGACGAAACAUCGUUAUUCGAAUAUUCGCUUUGUUUGGAAGAAAAGGGAAAUGAUAAUUUUUUGUCUAAUGAAAAUAAAAAAUCCGAUCAUUCAACAUAUUGCAAGAUCUUGAUCCAUUGGAAUUUUAAUGAUUCUCACGUUUGGUUUGAAAUGGAAGCCGAAACCUUGGGUUACAUUACUUUCGGAUUUUCUUCAACACCUAAUUUAAUCCAUUCUGAUGUCAUAAUCGCGUGGAUCACCACAAAUGGAACGAUAUAUUUUAGAGAUAGCUAUAUGAUCAACGAUAAUUUGCCCUUAACCGACGAAUAUCAAGACUACCAAUAUUCAGGCAAACAAAACUCGACUCAUACUCUCCUCAAUUUCGUGAGAAAACGAGAUACCUGUGAUUCUAUGGACUUUAGGCUAACGCCAGAUACAAUAUAUCUUCACUGGUCAUACCAUUCAUCGGACCCGGAUAUCUCUGAUUCCCAAAAUUCGUUUUUAUUUCACGGAUUAGUAAGAGGGGUUCGACCCGUGAACUUGUUCAAUAGAUAUCCCAAUGAUUUCUCGAAAUAUGGAAUCGAACAAAUAGGCUAUAAUAAUAAUAUUGGUAAUUCGACACGAAGCAACACGGCCACUAUCGACAAAGAUAGCGAUGGAAGGAAGAUGGGCGCGGAAACCGUCAGGACCUUUGACUUGUCUAUCAAAGUUAAUACGAAAACGAAUAACGACGAAUUAAAUAAGCUUAAAAUUUUAUCAUUCGCCUCACCGUAUCUGUGUCAACUCUUCAAAUUACCUAUAUUAUCAUCAUCGUUGAACGUCGACAAAAAAUAUCAUAUAAUCAAGAGAAAAUUGACCAUCAAAUCCCCAAAUAUCAUGUACUCAACUCCAGGAUACAAAAUCGGAAAUCAAGUCCAUGACAGAGACCAUGAUGGUGAAGAUACAAUUAAAAAUGCCGUGAAAGAUAAAGCGCUGAAACACGCGGUCCUGUAUUCUUGUAGUAGAGACGUCGAUUUUUCGCAAACCUUUCCCGAUUUAGAAGGAAACAUUUUCCCUUGUUACCAACAAAGUUUCCCUGCCGAAAUGUUCUAUUGCAACGAUAUAGUAACCGGUUAUACCCUGGGUGGCGACGAGGAAUUUUAUUGGCCACCGGAAGCCGGACAUUCAAUGGGGACAUCGUCUGACGCGGAAUACGUGAUGCUAGAACUUUUGAUCGACCAAACUAAAAUUCCCCUUAGCGAAAUAAGCGGUGUCGACGAAAAGGCCCGAUAUGAAAUGGGAAACACCGCUUCUAAAAACGAAAAAGGUAUAAUAUAA